CUUGUUUGGAACACAGCACGGUUACGGUCCAGUAAAGUGUCAUUUUAUUGAAAUUGUUUAUCUUACAUCAACAUUUAAAAAACUCAAUAGAAGGGCGGAAUAAUAGAAAUGUGGAGCAUAAAAUAUGCAAUUUCACUAACGUAUAUUAUUGUUAUCUGUGAGACAAGUGCGCAUCGUUGGAUUGCAUAUGAAGUACCAUCCAAUAACGCUUGUAGAACCCCACUUGGCGACUGGGGUACGUGCGUCUCGCUGAAUCACUGCCAGGAGGUGUUGAGACUGUUCGAAAAACUGCCUGUGGAUCAAGCGACACGAUACUCAAAAGCGCUGCGCAAUAUUUGCUACAAUCGACUUACUCCUGAUAACUAUCCGAUCCUUUGCUGCACUCGCCCGAACUUCGAAGACCCAAUUCAGAGUGAUAAUCAAAUGCUUCCCACUCCAAUUAUGCCAACGCCAGCAACUGCGACAACGACGACGACAACAACAACUGCUACGCCUGAAACAGAUACCAAUGAGCGUUCUGGAAUAAAUGGUAUAAACUCGCCACCGGAAAGCUGUCGCGUUCCACAUGACGGCAGCCAAGGCACCUGCAAACCGUUCCAAAGCUGCACCGAGCUGAUCACACGUGCGCAACAAAACCCCACCGAUACGGAAUUUCGCAAACAAUUGGAACUGUCUAAUGCAAUCUGCUAUAGUAUCGGUACGAAUAUUUGUUGUCCAGCGGAGAAGAAAGCAGUAACGCGUUCUAAUGACGCCACAUGGAGUUUGCCGUCGGAAGACGAAGGUUGUGGACUAACCCAUCAAUCAAGUCUGAAAGUUGUGGGGGGGGGCGAUAGUUCCAUAGGCUCUUGGCCAUGGAUGGCCUUAAUUGGUUAUGACCGAUAUAGCUUGUCACCCUUCCGGUGUGGUGGUUCUUUGAUAACAGCGCGCCAUGUACUGACCGCUGCCCAUUGUAUUUUGGCGGAAUUAUCCUUUGUGCGGUUAGGCGAAUAUGAUUUGAGCACCGAAACAGAAACAAAACAUGUGGACAUUGACGUAGUGAAGUCAGCUCGUCAUCCAAAUUUCGGUGGCAGAGACCGUCGCUAUGACAUUGCAAUCUUAUAUUUAGAGAAAAAUGUAGACUUCACAGAUUAUAUAUGUCCCAUUUGUCUUCCCACAUCGGAAAAGUUGCGCACAAAAUCUUAUGUAGGCUAUCACCCCUUUGUGGCCGGUUGGGGACGUACCACGGAAGGUGGCCGCUCAUCCAAUAUUUUGCAAGAGCUACAAAUCGACUUAAUGGAAAAUUCCGUAUGUCGACGAAGUUACGAGGCUAACAAUAGGCUUGUCUCUAAUCAACAGUUCGACAAUACAGUGUUGUGUGCGGGUGACUUGGGUGGUGGACGUGAUACGUGUGGCGGUGAUUCGGGUGGACCAUUAAUGAUACCGGAGCCAUAUAAAGGUGUGACACGUUUCUAUGCACUCGGCGUGGUCUCCUAUGGCAUCGGCUGUGGUCGCAUUGGUGUCCCAGGUGUAUAUACGAAUACGCAGAACUACAUAGAUUGGAUACUGGAUCGAUUAGCGGAGACAUUUAAACUUUAUGCGAAGUUAAAAAAAAAUAUGAAAAUGUCGUUAUUUCUAAUAACAUUUGUAUGCGCCUUACUGCCCGCAGUUUUCUCACAAGGUCAGUAUAACUGCGUUACGCCCGAGAAUUACUACGGCUUUUGCGUCCAACUUCAAUACUGUCCGCAAAUAGCGCAGGUAUUCAAUAUACGUAAUCGUAAUCAAGCCGAACGGUAUGUGAUCGCAUCACAACGUUCUUGCGGCACUCGAAAUGUCAACGGCAAUCCAGUGGUUUGUUGUUCACGACCAGUAAAUCCAGCGCCACAACCCCAACCGCAACCUCGGCCCCAGCGCCAGCCUCAGCCUCAGCCGCAGCCGCAGCCGGAACCAGAAAUACCAUUCCAACCAGAGCCCACUUUCACGGAGCGGCCAAUAAAUCCUUUCUUACCGUCAACCACUUCAGCACCAGUCAUAAUAGAACCGAUACCACAACCUACCCAACCACGUUCCACAACUACAUCUCGUCCCGUAACAAUAACUACAAGUACAACAGAAGCGCCAGCUGAAGUUAUAAACCGUUUAACGGGCGACUCAUGCGUGGAUCCGAGAUUGAAACGCGGUGUUUGUGUUUCCAUCGCCAGUUGUGCCGAACUGGUUGCAGAACUUUACGCCAAAUCAACUGAUCCUGUGUUUGCCGAUUACUUACGUGCCUCGAAUCGCAUUUGUGGUGGUGCUAAUUCAGUUGCCUGCUGUCCGACAAAUGAGAAAGUCAUUACAAAGGCGCCGGUGAUAGAGCGCAAUAGCAAUGAGGUGCCAAAGCGACCACCUACUUUGGAAGAGGGUUGCGGUUACACGCACAGUACCUAUAAGAAGAUUGUUGGCGGUGAGGUGAGUAAAAAGGGCGCUUGGCCAUGGGCGGCACUUUUAGCCUAUUCAGAUGGCUCCUCAUCUUCGCCAUUCAAAUGCGGUGGCACAUUGGUGACAGCUCGUCACGUGGUUACUGCAGCACACUGCAUACUUAAUAGUCUCGUCUAUGUACGCUUGGGUGAGCACGACUUGAGUACGGACACUGAGACGCGUCAUGAGGAUAUAAAUAUUGUGCGGAAAGAAGCACAUCCACAGUACAACAAACGCAAUGGCAAGUCGGAUGUGGCUGUACUUUGGCUCGAACGCAAUGUUCAGUUUACUGAUACGAUUGCACCGAUUUGUCUACCCACCUCUCAAGCGCAACGCACAAAAUCUUAUGUAAAUUAUACACCUUUCGUUGUGGGUUGGGGCAAGACCAUGGAAGGUGGUGUUUCAGCAAAAGUUUUGCAAGAACUUCAAAUACCAAUAUUUAAAAAUGAUGUAUGCAAAAGUAGUUACGAACGCAUCAGACGUUUGGUCACAGAAGACCAAUUCGAUGCAGGUGUUCUAUGCGCCGGUGUGCUCUCUGGCGGCAAAGAUACGUGUCAAGGAGACUCCGGUGGACCGCUUAUGAUACCAGAGCCCUAUAGUAAUAAUGUUCGCUACUACUUAAUCGGUGUAGUCUCAUAUGGCGUGGGUUGUGCGCGUCCAGAAGUUCCUGGGGUGUACACGAGUGUACAAUACUACAUCGACUGGAUAUUGCAGAAGAUUGCAGAUACAACAUGAGAUUUUCGUUUGAACACAUUUAUUUAAGAUAGUUUUUUUUUAUAUAGAAACACGUUAUUUUUUCUAAGUCAGUAAGAAGUGAUACUUAUUAAUAUUUUGUUUGGUAAUAAAAACAUUAAAUAUAAAUUUUAUUCUGAGAA